GCGCGGCACUAGCCGGAAGUGCCGUACGUCGGCCCAGGGCUCGCCGGGAAACGUAGUCUCUCGGGGGCGGCACAGGGCGGUGGCCGCUGGUCCCACGGACCUGGUGGCGGGUCGGGCGUGGACCUGGGAUGGCUGGGACGGGCGGCUCGGGGGUCCCGAUCGGGUCCGGGGCCCUGGCAGGCGGCGCGCGGUCCAAGGUAGCCCCGAGCGUGGACUUUGACCACAGCUGCUCGGAUAGUGUCGAGUACCUGACGCUUAACUUCGGGCCCUUCGAGACAGUGCAUCGCUGGCGGCGCCUCCCGCCCUGCGACGAGUUCGUGGGGGCUCGGCGCAGCAAGCACACGGUGGUGGCUUAUAAAGAUGCCAUCUAUGUAUUUGGUGGAGACAAUGGGAAGACGAUGCUCAACGACCUCCUGCGGUUCGAUGUGAAGGAUUGCUCCUGGUGCAGGGCCUUCACCACUGGGACCCCGCCGGCCCCCCGCUACCACCACUCCGCCGUGGUCUACGGGAGCAGCAUGUUCGUCUUUGGGGGCUACACUGGAGACAUUUAUUCCAAUUCUAACCUGAAGAAUAAAAAUGAUCUCUUUGAAUACAAGUUUGCAACUGGCCAAUGGACGGAGUGGAAAAUUGAAGGACGGUUGCCAGUCGCUAGGUCUGCCCAUGGUGCCACGGUGUACAGUGACAAGCUGUGGAUCUUUGCCGGCUAUGACGGCAACGCCAGGUUGAAUGACAUGUGGACCAUUAGCCUCCAGGACCGGGAGCUCACGUGCUGGGAGGAGGUGGCCCAGAGUGGCGAGAUCCCGCCGUCCUGCUGCAACUUCCCGGUGGCCGUGUGCCGGGACAAGAUGUUUGUGUUCUCAGGCCAGAGCGGAGCCAAGAUAACCAACAACCUCUUCCAGUUUGAAUUCAAGGACAAGACGUGGACACGCAUCCCCACUGAGCACCUGCUCCGGGGCUCCCCGCCGCCCCCACAGAGGCGGUACGGGCACACCAUGGUGGCCUUUGACCGCCACCUCUACGUGUUUGGGGGUGCGGCUGACAAUACACUGCCCAAUGAGCUGCAUUGCUAUGACGUGGACUUCCAGACCUGGGAGGUUGUCCAGCCCAGUUCAGACAGCGAGGUUGGCGGGGCCGAGGUGCCAGAGCGCGCUGCUGCUUCUGAGGAAGCGCCCUCCUUGGCUUCUGAGGAGCGGGGAGGCUUCAAGAAGUCUCGAGAUGUGUUUGGCCUGGACUUUGGCACCACCACUGCCAAGCAGCCUUCCCCACCGGCCUCAGAGCUACCCAGCGGAAGGCUCUUCCAUGCGGCUGCCGUCAUCUCGGACGCCAUGUACAUCUUUGGGGGCACCGUGGACAACAACAUCCGCAGUGGGGAGAUGUACAGGUUCCAGUUUUCCUGUUACCCCAAGUGCACGCUUCAUGAAGACUAUGGGCGGCUGUGGGAGAGCCGCCAGUUCUGCGAUGUGGAGUUUGUGCUGGGUGAGAAGGAGGAGUGUGUGCAGGGCCACGUGGCCAUUGUCACAGCACGAAGCCGCUGGCUCCGCAGGAAGAUUGUGCAGGCACGGGAGCGCCUGGCCCAGAAGCUGGAGGAAGAGGCUGCUCCGGCUCCCAGGGAGGCACCUGCUAUGGCUGUGGGGGGGGCCCGGCCUCCCCUGCUGCACGUGGCCAUACGAGAGGCCGAGGCCCGGCCCUUCGAGGUGCUCAUGCAGUUUCUCUACACCGACAAGAUCAAAUACCCGAGAAAAGGGCACGUGGAGGAUGUGCUCCUCAUCAUGGACGUGUACAAGUUGGCUCUGAGCUUCCAGCUGUGCCGCCUGGAGCAGCUGUGUCGGCAGUACAUCGAGGCCUCUGUGGACCUGCAGAACGUGCUGGUGGUGUGUGAGAGCGCUGCCAGGCUGCAGCUGGGCCAGCUGAAGGAGCACUGCCUGAACUUCGUGGUGAAGGAGUCCCACUUCAAUCAGGUGAUUAUGAUGAAGGAGUUCGAGCGCCUCUCGUCCCCGCUGAUUGUGGAGAUCGUGCGUCGGAAGCAGCAGCCACCGCCACGGGCCCCCUCAGACCAGCCUGUGGACAUCGGCACAUCUCUGAUCCAGGACAUGAAGGCAUACCUAGAGGGAGCGGGCGCGGAGUUCUGUGACAUCACGCUGCUGCUGGACGGGCACCCUCGACCAGCCCACAAGGCCAUCCUGGCUGCCCGCUCCAGCUACUUCGAAGCCAUGUUCCGGUCCUUUAUGCCCGAGGAUGGGCAGGUGAACAUCUCCAUUGGAGAGAUGGUGCCCAGCAGGCAGGCCUUUGAGUCCAUGCUGCGCUACAUCUAUUACGGCGAGGUCAACAUGCCACCUGAGGACUCGCUCUACCUGUUCGCAGCCCCUUACUACUAUGGCUUCUACAACAACCGGCUACAGGCGUACUGCAAGCAGAACCUGGAGAUGAACGUGACGGUGCAGAACGUGCUGCAGAUCCUGGAGGCGGCCGACAAGACGCAGGCGCUGGACAUGAAGCGACAUUGCCUGCACAUCAUCGUGCACCAGUUUACCAAGGUCUCCAAGCUGCCCACGCUGCGCUCACUCAGCCAGCAGCUGCUGCUCGACAUCAUAGACUCCCUGGCCUCCCACAUCUCCGACAAGCAAUGUGCAGAGUUGGGCGCCGACAUAUGAGGGCCCAGGUGGUGCCAGCCCACGCGUGGAGAAUGAUUAUGCCUGCCCGUUCCCUGCAAAGACUGCUGGCUGCCCUCAGGCCUGUGAUGGAGUGGUCAGACCUGCUGGCCACGAGGCAGCGUGCUCAGAGCCUCAGGAGGGAGCUCAAGGGAUGUGGGAGGCUCCAAACGCCCCAUUUCACUGCUAAGGACAUGGCUCACAGGACGCGGGUGGCAAAGCAGGCCCCUUGGCCGGCUCCCUUUCCUGGGGAAGAGGGAUGGCUGGGAAGCUAGGGUUCAGUGUGAAGACACGGCAGGAGGCAGAUGUCCUGGCCAGGGCCCAGCAUAGCUCGUGGAUCUGGCCACUGGGUCAUGUUGUGAAGGUCCUGUCACACAGCACCCCCACCCUUGCCAAGGUCCCUGUAAGGGGCCCCACCUGUCACCUGGAGCUUGUGUGUGGGCAACAAUGGACGGAUGGAGUCUGACUCAAGAUGAAUUUUGGUGCCCUUCAAGACGAAUUUUUGGGUUUGAAGGGCCUUGAGGUCAGCUCCCAGCCCAGGGUCAACCACUCUGGACUAGGCCUGGAUUCCAGAGGGGCUGCAGGAUCCUAUGCGCCUGUGUGCACCUUGGGGCCCUGGACUGUGCCAAGGAGAAGCCAGCGAAGAUGUUCCCUAGGUUGCUGUCUGCCCAGUGUUUCUUCUGUCAAACAUGCCUCCGUUAAAGCCAUAGCAGUGCUGCCUACUACACACACGUCCUGCUGGCGCGGUCCCAGUCCCUGAGCUCUGGCCUCAGCCCCGGCCUGCCCGAAGUAAGGACUGGCCAUUUAGCCCAGUUGCUUGGGAUUGGCCAGUCUUGCCUGGUUCUCUUUCCAUGUCAGCAACUCCUC